UGUGUAAUAUUUGUCUCUUUAUUUUCAGAAAGUUGCAAAACAACCAAAUACAAAAGUAUGAAGAUGGCGCUUUCCUAUUCCUGCCCAGUAUAAAGACAAUUAACCUCGAAAACAAUAAGAUUAUGACGUGUGGAUGUCACCUACCAGCCUUCGUAAAUCAUAUUAAAAAAGUCUAUAACAGAAGUGUGACUGUCAGAGGCAAGUGUCAGGAUGCUACAGGCGCAACAAUCCCUAUACUGAAUUAUGCACAAUGUAAAGAUUACUCGUUAUUUCAAAGGAAUUUGCAGUGUCAAACAUGUUCAAAGAUGACGUGCAAUGAGUCAUCUGUAACCAGUUGUCCAGGAGCAGAGCCAGUAUGCCGAUUUGCAAUGUCAAUGAACGGUGUUACAAUGAAGAUUGAAAAGUCCUGCAGCACAUACAGAAAAUGUGUUGAAGCUAUGAGAAACAAUACCCUUACUUGCAAUAAAUGGACCAAUGGCACUUCUUGUGUUGGUUGUUGCGUCGGAAACUUAUGUAACAAGAAUGAUUUCCUUGACUGGACCAAUUUCUUCGUAUUCCAUUUGACUUUGAAAAAGUUCAGCGAAUAUAAAAUCUCUGCUGAGAACUUAUCAAAAGCUAUGGAACGUGAGUUAACCACGACGGGAACCUUCACAAUUGAAUAUUGUGGUUUGGACAGAAACCGGACGAUAUUUGCAAUUUACUCCAAGCCAUAUAGCAAGACAUCUAAAAAACAACUGUUGCGCAAUAUCUCCCAAGUUUUAAACACAUCCCAAACUUUGCGCAACGUCGGCGUUCAGCAAAGUCACAUAGAUUGUUUGAUGAAAUGGUUUGUGAUGAAAGCACAACAUCAAAUAACAGUCAAACCUUCUCCUGGCCAAUGACAAAAAUAGGAACUACUGCAGAAAUCCCAUGUCAUGCAUAUUUAGCAACAAGAUACUGUUCUCCCAGAGACUCAGAAAUGGCAUCAAGUCAAUAUAUGACGACAGCAAAGUGUUCACCGUUUACUGGUAUCUGGAAAGAACCAGACAUGUCACAAUGUAACAAUACAGAUUGGAUCACUCAACGACUGAAGGACAUCGUAAUAAGUAUCGAUACAGCAAACUUCGACAAUAUUUCGGAAGAGAUGUUAAAUAUAUCAAAGAAAUCAAUAUAUUUCAAAGAAGUUGAUGUUGACUUGGCUGUAGGCAUUCAUGAGAAAAUGGUGUCAUUGAUACCGAAAGUGUCUGCGAAUAAUACACUUCGGUCCAUAAACAAUUUGAUUAACAUACCAGAGGAGGUUUUGGCUGGAGCUGAACAAGAGAAUAGAAGUGACAACAGAUUGCUGCAUCUUAUACAAGAAAUCCCAG